GGGCAGACGGACCCGGCCGCGGAAAAAACCCUGCAGACCACGUCGACGCGCCCGGUUCUGCCGCAGCAGUGGAGUUUAUUAUAGGGAGACAUGACUUCUGAUCUCCAGACGUCUCCUCAUCUGCUGAGUAGAAUCUGUCUGUGGAGUACGAGUGGAUAUCUUUUUCUUUUUAAACAAAGGGAAUAACAGCUGAACGGAGAUAAAUAUCUGAACUUUCUGAUGUCAUGGCCCCCGUGACCUUUGAACCUCAGAGAUGUUAGCUCUAAGCCACUACAACUCCUCGUCCUCCCCACUCCUGCCUCCGUUGGGAAAUGACAGCGGGGGGAAGGCGGAGGCCAGGGUGGCUGUGGAGGGCUGGUCGCAGCAGGGGAACUUCACGUUUGUGGAGCCCACCACCAGCGGCGUCAUCGUGGUCAUCCUGUCCAUGACCCUGGGCAUCAUCUCCAACAUUGUGGCUCUGUUCAUUCUGGUGAACGCCUACGCGCUUCAGCAGCGGCGCUCCAAAGCGACCUUCCUCCUGUUUGCCACUUCUCUGGUGAUCACAGACUUCAUCGGACACUUGGUUCCCGGCGCCCUGGUCCUCCGGCUCUACCUGUCAGGAGGCGUGAGCCCUGAGGACUUUGACUCCUCCGAUGGCAUGUGCCAGUUCCUGGGCGGCAGCAUGGUGUUCUUCGGCCUGUGUCCCCUCUUCCUGGGCUGCGCCAUGGCGGCGGAGCGGUGCCUGGGCGUCACCAAGCCGCUGCUCCACUCGUCGCUGGUCACAAAGACGCGCGUGAAGAUUUGCCUGGCUGCGGUGUGGCUGGCCGCUCUGAGCGUGGCCUUGCUGCCCUGCUUCCAGCUGGGCUCGUACACCUUCCAGGACCCGGGGACCUGGUGCUUCAUCAACGUGCUCAGUGACACUGAGGGGGUGGAUGUGGCGUUCGUGGUGCUGUUCUCUGGACUCGGUCUGACCUCGCUGGCCGUGGCGCUGGUAUGCAACACCGUCAGCGGAGUGACACUAGUAUUGGCGCGCCUCAGGAGGCAGCCAGGCUCCCAUCAUUCCACCAAGUCCCAUGACAUAGAGAUGGUGGUGCAGCUGGUGGGGAUCAUGGUCACCUCGUGCAUCUGCUGGAGCCCCCUCCUGAUCUUCGGCCUGAUGUCUGUGAUCCACUCCUACACAGAAACCAUCGGGGACAAUUUAUCAAACUAUAAGACUCUGUUGGUGAUGGGAGUGCGGCUGGCCACGUGGAACCAGAUCCUGGACCCCUGGGUCUACAUCCUGCUGCGUCGCACUGUGCUCCGUAAAAUCUACCUCAUCGCUAAGUGCCAGGCGGGCCUGAGGGGGACCAAACUGGGCCGCUGGGAGCCCACGUCUUUUCACAGCUCAGAGAAGAAACAAGUGGACCAAGUCUGAGCUGUAAAACUGACUGAUAAGGUCAUUUUGCUACCAGGUCACUGAACAUCACAAAGGACCCUCAAUGCUGAAUCAGAUUUGAGGAACCGAUGAACUGUGGCCAGCUUUUAAAACUUCUGUCUGUCAAAAAUGUGU